CCCUUUUUAUACCCUUCCCACAGAUCCCUUGUACCCCUACCAGUUUCCUGUACAAUCUCCCUCUCUCUCUCUCUCUCUCUCUCGCUCGCUGUUUCUGUGUCUACAAGUUUGGCAUAAAGGUCUCUCUAUCCAUGGCUUCAUCUUCUCAUGUCGAAACCUCCUCAAACAACAUUCCAUACCAGGGAUUGGAUUGUCAUGAUGAGAAUGCCCUCAAAAAACACGUCGAGUUCUUCGAUCGGAACAAAGACGGUGUUGUUUAUCCAUGGGAAACUUUUCAAGGUUUUCGUGCAAUUGGAUGUAAUAUUUUUUUGUCCACCUUCGCUUCCAUUUUUAUCAACGUCGGACUCAGUGGCAAAACUCGUCCUGGUAAAUGUCCUUCUCUAUGCUUCCCAAUUGUGGUAAAAAACAUCCAGAAAGCUAAGCACGGGAGUGACUCCAGUGUCUAUGACUCAGAAGGAAGGUUUGUUCCUUCAAAGUUCGAGGAGAUUUUCUGCAAGCAUGCGCGCACAAACCCAAAUGCCUUAACAUCAGCCGAACUAAAAGAAAUGCGGAAGGCAAACAGGGAACCAAAGGACUAUGGAGGAUGGAUUUCAAGCUUUGCAGAGUGGACAGUCUUGUACAUACUUUGCAAGGACAAGAACGGUUUAUUGCAGAAAGAUACGAUCCGAGGCGUUUAUGAUGGAAGCCUGUUUGAACAGAUGGCGGAGAAGAAGGCUUCAGCUGGGAAGAAAAAACACACGUAAAUGUUACUUCUGAGUAAAAAAGGGAAAAUUGCUAGGACUCAUCGUAUGGUACCUUUGGGCUCUGCAGAUUGGAUGGUCUUUGAUUGUAAACACACACAUAUUUGAAGUGUGAAUGUAGUGUGUAACACAGUUGAAGCAUUUAUUGUUUGUUUGAAGAAUAAUAUAUAUUUGUCUUUCUGAUGUUUCUGAAAAAAAGAAGAACAAUGUAUUUGAUUGAUAUAUGUUAAUUCUUUUGUUGUAUUGAAAUAUAUUUGUUUGAUUUAUGUAA